GCCUAAACAAAAUCUCAGUUGGUUUCGCUAAAUCAUAUUGUUGCUUGCAUCAGCAUCAAGCACAGGUCAUUCGACUCCUUGCCAUGAAGCCUCUUUCCGGUGUCAAAUCCGGAGUAAAACGAAUGCGACUUACUUUGACUUCUAUAAUUAAAUAAUAUAAUAUACUAAAAUAUUCAUUCGUCCCUUUACGUAACCGUCGAGCUCACGGCAACCCGCCAAUGUACCGAACGCGGCCAAAAAGCUCAAUAUUGGGGAGAGCGAGAGCCCAGAGCCCCCUUCCAAUUCCACCGAUCCCCGCUGAAUAUUCCAUUCCACCGCGCACCGCCGAGCGCCCGAGCCACGCCAAGGACGGACGGACGCCGGCCGCCUCAUCGCAAUCCAAAUGGCCUCGCCCGCUCCAGCCCCGGGACCGGCGGGAAGAGAAGCCAAGCACAGCGGGCGCGCCGCCGCCGCCGUCCCGCGCCACCACCGGCAGUGCGCCGGCGCGCGCCGGCUCCUGUCGCUCGCCGUGCAGGCGGGCGUGAUGGCGGCGGCGCUCGCGGUCUUCGUCCUCUUCGCCGCGGCCUCCGCCUUGCUCCUCCUCGUCCUCGUCCUCGCCGCGCGCGCCUUCCGCCACCACCGCGGCAGCCGCUACCGCGUCCCGUCGCUCGACCCUCCGCCUCCGCCUCUCCACGCGGGGCUCUCGCCCGCCGACAUCCACCGCAUCCCAAGCUUCGCCUUCCCCGGCGGCGGCGGCGAGGCCGACUCCUCCGCCUCGUCGUGCGCCGUGUGCCUCGAGGCCGCGCGCGCAGGGGAGCGGUGGCGUGCGAUGCCGGCAUGCACGCACGCGUUCCACGCCGCCUGCGUCGACCGGUGGCUCGCCAGGACGCCCGCCUGCCCCGUCUGCCGCGCCACCGUCGCCGUCGCCGUCCCCGUCCCGACGAGCCAAGGCUGACGCCAACGCCCCGCGAUCCUCCUGCCCACGCGUGGGAAUGCAGGUUUGGUACCUCCAUCGUUCGGUGCUCGACAAAAAUGCUCUUUUGUCCUGCUCUCCUGUAGUUGUGACAUACCUGUUGUACACUUUUUGUAUGAUAUGAAACUUUCUGCUGCUGUAAAGUUUGUAAAGAGGAAUCCAGGGAGGGGGGAAAAUGAACCCAUGAAACUUUACCAUCUCAUAGAAUUACUCGAUGUUAAUUUUACACUAUAUUUUGAGUUCCAAAGCUUAUUCAUAUUGCAACAUGUUACUUACAUUACAUGAUGCAUUAGGUGAUUAUGUUUUUUUAGGGGAUUAGGUUUAGGUGAUUAUAGGAUUGGUGUGUUCCAACUUCCAGUCCGGGUACCGAUUAGGUUUAGGUGAUUUGAAUUGAAUUUGAUGUGAUACUUCUGCUGUACAAGGAUAUUGAAUCGCAGUGACGUAGAAAGCUCGAGACCGGAUAAAUGAUUAGAACAGAUGAUCGAAUUUGGUCUCGGGCACUUUUCAGUGGGAACAGUAUGCUUGACCCAUUUAUUUCCAACUACUAACUGUUUCA